UAUACUGUGUUGGGCUAGGCACAAGGGCAGCUUCACGCUAGAGUUUACUCCUGUAGAUCUCUAAAGAGAUUUGCUUACACGGUAAACCGUGCCAGUACAUUUCACAGUUCUCUAGAAAAAUACAUUUAUUGUGCUUCGGAGUGUUUAAACAUCAGGAAAAUAUUUAAAUCAUAGAAAGUGAGAAUCAAUGGUUUAAAAGAAAAGCAUCAUUUGUUCUACGUGAAAAAUUCUCCCUUAAUCCUUUUAUACGUGUUUUCAUCAUGAAAGAGUGAAAUAAGGAAAAUGUCGGCAGGACGGGGGCGGACUCCACGUAAGCCCCACCAACCAAAGUUUCCAGAACUGCCGCCUAAGUACAGUUCCUCUCGUGAGCUGAGAAAUAAAGCGGAGAAGCUGCGACGGGAUCGGCUCAACACUCUUCUAGGAGAAAUCAAAACCCUCGUCCCGGUCAUCGCAGACAAGAAGAAGAAAUCUGAUACUACAAGAACAAAUAUUCUCAGAGUUUCUGCAAAUUAUAUCCGUCUCCAGAAUUUGUUUCCUACUGAAAAGUUCAGUUCCCCAGGUACUCCAAUCAUCAAUAGUUUACAACAUGCUCAGGUUCUGAAUGGCGUAGUUUUCCUGCUCUCUGAAACAGGGCGAAUUCUCUUCAUAUCUGAUAGUAUAGAGAAGCAUAUUGGAUACACACAGUUGGAUAUGCUCGGGAUAAAUAUGCUGGAAUUCCUUCACCCUGGAGACAAAUCAAAAUUAUCCUCGAAUCUAUCCAGACAGUCAAGUCAUCCAGCCUUAACAACUCAUCCAACCUCAUCGACUCAUUCAACAAGUCAGUCUGCUUCUUCAAGUCAUCCGGUGUCAUCCUUUUCUAGUUCUUCCCCCUUGAACAAUUCAAGGCAAACCGGUUUUCAAUUUACUGACCAUGUAGAUAAUGCGUUUCCCAACCAAUCCGGUGGUGGCCCUUUUUCCAACCAAUCGAUAGACCACUUUGCUGACCAAUCAGUUGGCCCUUUUUCCAACCAAUCCGAAGAUCUUUUUGCCGACCAAUCCAGUGGACCUUUUUCCAACCAAUCUGUAGAUGAGUUUUCGAACCAAUUGGGUGGACCGUUUUCUAACCAAUCAGCUUAUCACUAUUCUGACCAAUUAUCAGAUCAGUUUACCAACCCAUCAGGGAAUACAAAUCCUCCAGAGCCUACUGAGCAACCAAGUCAAAUAAAUUUAGGAUCGUCUUCUUCUAAACCUGAAUCUGCCAAGGAGACUGGAGUUAGAAAAUCCUUCUUUAUACGAAUCAAGGAAAAGAACACAAGUAAAUCUGACAAACAGAAAUACGAACACAUGCACGUUAUGGGGCAUUACAGGGCCAGCAAAGAGGCUGAAAGAAAGCUCUCAAAAGAUCUUGAAUAUGUAUUUGUUGGAAUCAUGAAACCAGUCAAAGAUAGGUAUAAAUUUAUAAAAUAGGU